AUCACCUUGGGAAUUGUAGUGAAGAUUCCACCCAGAGUAGAUUAAAAGGAUAGUGAGCAGUGAGAAUUACAAAUAGGUAUUGACUUUGCAUUUUCCUAAGAUUUAUUUCUUAACAGUUCUCAGCCAUGGCGAGUGAGAGAAGUACACUUCACAUCGUGAUGCUCCCAUGGUUAGCCUUUGGACACAUUAUUCCAUACUUGGAGCUGGCUAAACUCUUAGCUGAGAGAGGCAACAAGAUUUCCUUUGUGUCCACUCCCAGAAAUAUCCAGCGCUUACCCAAAUUGCACCCACACCUCGUACCCAACAUAGAUCUCAUCGGAUUACCUUUGCCGCAAGUCGAAAAUCUCCCAGAAGAUGCAGAGUCCACCUUUGACUUACCUUAUGACAAAGUGAGGUACCUCAAGAUUGCCUUCGAUGAGCUCCAAGACUCCAUGGCUGCUUUUCUGCAAACACUUUCCCCAGAUUGGGUAAUUCACGAUUUCGCUUCGUUUCGGUUAGUUCCUAUCAUGGAAAAGCUGAGCAUCCCCAGCGUGUAUUUCAGCAUAUUUACAGCGUCUACUGUCUCAAACUUCUGCCUUCAGUCGCCGGUUAUUGACGGUGAAGAUUAUCCAGUCGAGCCCAGGUGGGUUCCGUUUGAGACCACAAUCAUGCCUCGUUAUUUCGAGAUAAAGCGUGUGUGCAUCGACGGCGGCAAUGUCUCCGACCUUUAUCGCUUAGCUGUUACCGUGAAAGGCGCCAGUGCUAUGUUCGUUAGGAGCUGUUACGAACUCGAGCCUGAGUGGCUGCAAUUAGCAGAAGAUCUUGUUGGAAAACCCACCAUCCCGGUUGGGUUGCUGCCCACCACAGCUUAUGAUGAUGAGGAAGACGAUGACAAGAAAGCAGCUUGGCUUGAUAUCAAGGAAUGGCUAGACAAGCAAGAAAAAGGUUCAGUAGUGUACGUAGCUUUUGGGAGCGAAACAAAGCCGAAUCAGGAACAAGUGGUAGAGAUAGCUCUGGGGUUAGAGCUUUCCCAGCUACCAUUCUUCUGGGUUUACAGGAAUCAACGCGGCUCCGCGGAUGCGGAAGUGACGAAGUUGCCAGAAGGGUUCGAAGAGAGGACGAGAGGGCGCGGGGUGAUAUGUACAAGCUGGGCACCUCAGCUCAAGAUACUGAGUCAUGACUCGGUGGGAGGGUUCUUGACUCACUCGGGAUGGAGCUCGGUGGUGGAGGCCCUGAAAUUUGAGAAAAAGCUGAUUAUGCGCCCUUUCUUGCGGGACCAGGGGAUUAUUACAAGGCUGCUGGUGGAGAAGGAAAUGGGGUAUGCAAUAGCGAGAGAUGAGAAUGGUGGAUCGUUUUCUAGAGACUCGGUGGCUGACUCACUGAGAGUGGUAAUGGUGGAGGAGCAUGGAAAGGUUUUCGCAGAAAAGGUGAAGAAGAUGAAGGCCAAGUUGUUUGAGAAGGAGAAACAAGAUAAUUACGUCAAUAAGUUGUUGGAUUAUCUUCAUGCUGCAUCGACCAUUCAUCACCCAAGUGGUUCCCACAAAAAUUAGGACAGUACGUAUGUGUUCAAUGUUCCGAUCUAUAUCCAGGACCUUAUGGUUCACUGAUACCCGGUUACUUCCCUAAGUAGGGGAUGAUAGGUUCAAAUCUGAUAAUAUGUAUAUGUAGCGUAUCCUUCUUCCUUAUAAUAAUUUUUUUUUUUAGAAAAUAGUUUAUUUUAGAAAACUGUCUUGUGUUUAGUUAUUUUUUGUAAAAUGAAUAAAAUGGAAUAAUUAAAUA